AUGAUCGAUAUUGAUUUCACGGAGCCCGAAUGGCUUUUAACUUAUUACGACUGCAUCGGACUCUUAUCUUCUAUUUUGAACCUUCUUGGUAUCUAUCUCCUGAUUUUCAAAAGUGGAAGACUCGGAACGUUUCGAUUUCACUUUUUAACUUUCCAGAUUCUAAGUGUUCUUACCGAUAUCCACUUGACUAUUCUAAUGAAACCUAUCCCACUAACUCCACUUUUUGCCGGGUACACGGUUGGAAUCAUGCCAAAGUAUUUCAAUAUUUCUGCUCACCAUUGCGCGAUGCUGACUGGCUUUGUUGCUGUGGUUCAACUGGAGUCUCUAGUUUUAUGUUUUGCAAAAAUGCAUCAAGCUAUUGCUGUGGUCUUGAAUACUCAUGUAGUGCCAAGAUUCUUGGAAUACUUCUGUUAUUCAUUAUGUAUUCUUUGCCCAAUUUUCCUGAGUGGGUGUAUCGAGUACUUUCAUAUAAGUCAAGAUGAACAAUGGAUGUAUUUGCUUCAAGUUUAUCCGGAACUUGUGCCAGGCUUUCAGACACUUACUCACUUUGUUCUCUAUAUAAAAACUAGACAUCUGAAUCAAUUGUUGGUGACAAUGAUUUUGAGUGGGAUGUCGCUAUUCCUGAUAUUUGUCUUGUUUCUAUUUGAUAUUUUCAACCUGAUGGUUGAUCUGAAAAUCCGAAGAUCUACAUCUUACUAUCAGAAACAUAAAGAAGCGAUGCAUAGUUUGAUGGUGCAGUUUGUGACGUCAUCGAUAUGUCUGGUGCCGCCUUUCAUACUUGUGAUAGUUGUGUUCUUCGAAGUUCCGCAUGGACAGUUCUUGUCUGAAAUCUUCAUCGCAUGGUUUGUCAGUCACUCAUCCAUUAACAUGAUCAGUCUCAUCGUAUUCUUCCCACCUUAUCAGAACUUUUUUCUUCGAUUUUUGAAAAGGAAAAACUCUAAACACACAACACCGGUAGCCGUGGUUCCAGCAGCAAUGUCUUCUGGAAUGUGA